UUCUGCAUCCAACAUCCUGUUGACUACCUGAAAUCAGCCACAGUGGGACUAUUUACGUCACGGGAAGCGACAAAUGCGCAAACCAGGACUUUUUCCCCCCGGACAGCUAAGUUGCUAAAUAUUGACCAACAUGCCACUGGUUACACUAAGAUCUAAUGAGAGGGGAAGAGAAGAGGAACCAGCAGAGGCCUCAGGGAGAGGAGGCAGAGAAGAAGGAGGAGAGCAGAUGAGAAGGGGCUUGAAAGGACAAGGAAGGAGAGAGGAUUGAGGAGUCAGAUGUGCUAGGCGGUAGCUGGGAAGGCUAUUCAGUCCCCAGGCAUUGGCCUGGGGUCCCAUGAACCCCAUGGGGCUCCUUGGCCAGCCUGGCUCAGAGCGAAGUAGCUGUAUUUUGGAAUUCUCUUUUCCAGGUUGCUUCUCCCUCCAAGGUCCAGAGUCAGUGAGCGGUUCAGAGGAGGGCUCGGUGACUGUGCAGUGCCACUAUGACACAGGGUGGGAGACCCACAGAAAGUGGUGGUGCCAAGGGAAAAUCUGGAAUUUCUGCAAGAUCCUCAUUCAAAGUAGAGGAUCAGAGCAAGAAGUGAAGAAAGACCGAAUGUCUAUCAGGGACAAUCACAGGAACCGCUCCUUCACGGUGACCAUGGAGAAGCUCAGCAGAGAGGAUGCCGACACGUACUGGUGUGGGAUUGAGAAAAAAGGAUCUGACCUUGGAGUCCAAGUUAAAGUGACCGUUGGCCCAGCGAAAACAGUUCUGACCACUCCAACGAACCUGUCUUCCAAACCAUUAGCCAUGUCUUCCACCUUCUACGUCAGGUCUGAACUUCUGAGCAACUGCUUGACCACAGAGGGAGUUCACCCAGAGAGGAGAGCAGCUGGCCCAGGGCGGGAGAGGUGGCAGCAGCCCGUGGCAGGAAGACAUGACAAUGAGAAGGGCCCCUUACCAGAGCUUGGAGCAUGGGCUUAUUUCUUCAUGAUGCUAGAUAUGUCCUGAGUAUUGUUUUCUUAAUAAAUGAGGGAAAAGGAAUAUCUUUCUAGCACUGCUCUCAACCUGUUCUCCGAAGCUUCUCUCUCUCUGCUUGUUUGUCUGUCCUGGCCUUGCUUCCCGUUCCUCAGCUUCCUCAGAUCCCCGUGGCUGGGUCUGUUCACCCGUAGACAUUGGCUCACCCCAGUUUCUUGCCCCCUAAGAGGCUGAGAGUCAAGCAUCCAACCAGAAUGAGGGCCCAGUGGCAGCUCUGGCCACUCUCCUGGGUGCCCCAUGUGUUCUCAGGAUGUGAGAGUUACCCAGGAAGACACCUUGGGGAUCUGGGCUCCCUCUGAGCCCCACCCUCCUAUCCUCCUUGUGGGAACAGCACCAUCUGCUGCACUGCAUCCUCUAUAUCCCAGCUUCUCAUCCCCUGGUCCCCUUUCCUCCAAUCCAGGCCUCUUCUAGGCUUAAGAACUUCAGAUCCUGGCCAGGCUUCUGCUCCUGUCCACCUCCUGCCAGCUCCCAGCCAGGGUCAUGAAUCACCUUUGUACCUAUGACUCAGACUUUCUAUUCAUUAAUUUUCUCAUUCCUUUGCUCUACAAACCAGUAUUAAGCACCUCCAUUCCCAUUGCCAUCAAGUCUAUUCCGACUCAUAGUGACCACAUAGGACAAAGUAGAACUGCCUCACAGGGUUCCUAAGGCUAUAAUCUUUACAGAAGCAGACUGCUACAGCUUUCUCCUUCUGGGAGGCUGGCAGAUUCAAACCGCUGAAUUUUUGGUUUGCAGCCAUGACACCAGUGCUCCUUAUUGAACUCUUAGUAAGUCCAAAACACUGUAGGGGCACCCAAGGGGGCUCAUAGUUGAAAAGAUACCAAGGAAACAACCCAAACACCCAUCAUCCAAUGAAGGGGUAAACAAAUUGUGUACCCAUGCAAUGGAAGAUUAUUCAGCAAUAAAAAGGAACAAAUUAAUGAUACAUUCAAAGGCAUGGAUGAAUCAUAAAAGAAUUGUGCUAAGAGAAUGAAGCCAGACACAAGGGACCAUAGGAUUCCAUUCAGAUGAAAUUCUAGAAAAGGCAAGCUAUAGUGACAGAAAGCACCUCAGUGGUUGCCAGAGACCAGAGGUGACGGGGGUGGGAGGAGUGGAUUGAUGCAAAGGAGCACAGGGAACUUUCUGGAGUGAUGGAGGUGUUCUAUAUCAUGAGUGUGGUGAUGGUUUCAGAACUGUACACAUUUGCCAAAACUCAUCAAACUGCAUACUUGGAAUCGAUGAGUUUUCUUAUAUGUAAGUUAUAGCUCGAUAAAGCUAUAGCUCAAUAAAGCUGAUAUUUGUAAAAAGUUACCAAGUUUACAGCCUGGCAGAGUCCAUCCAGCUCUGUCAGGGCCAAAGAGACAUGUAGACUGUUUCUCCUCUGCCUAACAAGUGUGGCCUCUCAGGGCACCUGGGCCACUGUCAACCUCAGCCAGGACCCAACCAGUGUGGCCUCCCAGGGCACAUGGACCAUUGUCAACCUCAGCCAGGACCCAACCACUGUGGCCUCCCAGGGCACCUUGACAACUGUCAACCUCAGCCAGCGCCCAACCAGGAUGGCCUUCCAGGGCACCUGGGCCACUGUCAGCUUCAGCCAGGACCCAACCAUUGUGGCCUCCCAGGGUACCUGGACCACUGUCACUUUCAGCCAGGACCAACAGCUUAAGUACUGUUGGGCUUUUAGGGAGUCCUUCCUGGGUGACUGAGACAGAAAGACCAAACUUGCUGACCUGGGCCUGAUUUGUCCCCGUCCUGGUCAGGGGCAUUGCACCCUGUCCUACUCACCUAUAUCAAGAGUGGGGCUGCGCAUUUUAGGUAACUACACCUCUGAGUGGCUCCACUGACAAGCCUCCAAAUACCCUAUGGGACCCUUACCACCUUUCCCAAGGGGCUUAUCGGAAGCAUUCUGAGAUGUCAGCUUAGGUUCUCAAUUAAAAAAAGGGGGGGAGGGGUUGUUUGACAAAGACUGUCUCACCAAGUGCAAUUUAAGCCUAUUAAAACCAAAAAACCCAUCACCAUUGAGUGGAUUCCAACUCAUAGCAACCCUAUAGGACAGAGUGGAACUGUCCCAUAGGGUUUCCUAGGCUGUAAUCUUUAUGGAAGCAGAUUGCUACAUCUUUCCCCCUUGGUGUGACUGGUGGGCUGAAACUGAAGACCUUUUGGUAAGUAGCUGAUUCUUCUUCGGAUCAUUUCAAUAUCAGAAAUCUUUGGAGAAUUCAUCUAUUAUUUUGAUUCUAAUGGCUCAUCCUUAUGGUGGCUUGUUUUCUUCUGUAUUUGACCAUAUUAUCAGUGGGAGCUCAUAUUUAUCUAAAUACAACCUGUAGAUGUAUUUAGCUACAUGGUUUCCACUAGAAUGGUAGAAUGGUUUCCACUAGAAAGCAUGUGUUUGCUUCUGCUGGGCAUUAAGGGCUGGCUAUAAACAUUGAAUUUUAAUUGCUAUAAAAAUUUUAUUUUUCUGCUUAGGGUCCCCCAACUGCGUGGCAAGUGUAAAUUUAAAUUCCAGCCCUAUACUUAAAAAUUCUCGGAGAAUACUAUUGUUAUGUGCUGUCGAGUCGAUUCCAAUUCAUAGAUACAGACCCUAUAGAUAGUGGUAUCAUAAAAAUAUCUUUUUUUUAAUUUUAGUGACAGCAUACACAGCCAAAGAUACACCAUUUCAACAAUUUCUACAUGUACAGUUAGGUGACAUUGGUUACAUUCUCGCUGUUCUUUUCCACUUGAUUCUACUACCAUCGUUUUAAACUCAAUGCCCCCUGAGUUUCCCAUCCAACCUUUCAUGUUGCAAUUGUCAAUUUGAUCUCACUUAGAUGAUUCUUUAAAAGAGCAUGUCGUGGUUGUGUGCCAUAGAGCUGAUUCUGACUCAUAGCAACUCUACACGGCAGAGUAGAACUGUCCCCCCAGGGUUUCCUAAGCUGUAAUCUUUAUGGGAGCAGAUUACCAGGGCUUUUCACCAGUGGAGCCGCUGGUGGGUUUGAACCACCUGCCUUUCAGUUAGCAGCCAAGUGCUUAACCACUGUGCCACCAGGGCCACUUAAAAAGAGCAUAGUAUCAUUUUCAUUAAUAAUUUUUUUUCCACCUGAAGCUGCAACAAAUGGGGUUGUUUUUUGUUGUGUGUGUGCGCAUGUAUGUGUUUUUUGUUUGUUUGUUUUUGUUUUUUCAAUGAUUUCCCUUUUGCUAUCAAGUAGAUAAUUCCCAGUCUGCCAAGGGUGUAGACACUUUAAGUCUUCUGGCCUUAUGUGGGUAUCUCAGGUACAGCUCUCCACUUUGAAUGGGCCCAAGCCUUUUGCUCCCUCAAGCUCUGCAGUUCAUCCCCAAACAUUAGCCUCUUUCUAAUUGCAUCUGGCCCCAGGGUAGCCCCAGGGUAGCCACAGCUUCCUCAUUGGCUUAUCUCUCUAAUUUCACCAUAACAGGGCUUCAAAUAUUUCUAACAAGUUCUCAGGCGAUGCAAAUGCUGCUGGUUAGGGACCUGUUCUGAGAACCACUAGUAAAGCAGUGGUUCUCAAAAUUUACUAUGUGUAGGAAUCAUUUGAGGAUCUUGUUAAAAUGUGGAUUCUGACUCAGUAUAUCUAGGGGUAAGAAAUGCAAAUUCUCAGCAGCGGUUCGAACCAGAACUAACUGGGGUUUGAAGCCCUGCAGUAUAACUACUCACUUUGGGUUUUUAGUUGGUUUGUUUGGUGUUUGGGAACGCCCCGGGGUUGUUGACACAAGUUCCUGCCUGCUUUCUGCAUCAUUCAUUAUUUCAACAUCAUCUUCACACUAAGGCUUGUUGUUCUCCUGAGUCCCAAGAUGUCUGCAGCAGACAAUGAUCACACACAUACACAGUGACUUCUAGGAAAACCUCCUCAGAGUUCCCCCCGAGAAGAUCUCCCAUUAUUGACUGACUCAGGCUCAGAUGACCACCCUUAAACCAGACACUGACAAGGUGAUAGUACCACCCUGUGGAUGGAGAGAGGACCAUCUUCCCUGGGUCAUAUGGUGAAGGGUGAACACUUAGAAAUGAUGCUGGCUCCAUCUUGAAGGAGUGGAGGUUGGGUAAGAGGCGACCAAAAUGUCUGCCACAAAAGCUUUGCUGGAACCACCCUCUGUUGUCUGGCUCAUCUUAUUCCUUCCUGGAUCCUUGGGCCUUGGCCUCUGUGAGCAUAAGCUCCCUACCCUCAAGCAGCCUUGAGAAGUUGAUUCUUGCCUCCUCUCCUCAGUUUCUCAGCUCAGCAUCCUCAGGUCAGGACAAUGGUAACCUGCUUUUUGCAGUCAGAAGGCUCUUGGAAGUACAAGCUCCUUACAGCUCAAGUUUUAUAUAAUUCAUCAUACCCUUCUAGGUUCAAGAGCUAAGCACAUAAUUGUGGCAGAAAAUAAUAAGACUUAGUUACUAAGUCCUCUAGAUUUAUCAGGAAACACUGCUUCUCAAGUGAUAAUGGGCUUCAACUUAGCUCUCCUCCCUGUUUCCCGGGAAGGAGAAAAAGGGGCUGCAGCUUUAGGAGAGGAAAAGCUAUGUUAUGGUUGGGUGGUUGGGGACUGGGCCUUUCCAGGAAUGAGUCAGAAAUGAGUCAGAAGGCAGGUCUUCCCCCACCUACCACCCCUUCACUCCUCCUCUAUUCUAUAUCCCUCUUUUGCAUAUAAAAUAUUCUGUCGCCCAGAGUGCACAGAAUUAGUGCCUGCAAGGCUUCGGGGCCCUACCCUCCAUCUGUCAUUUGGGGUCACACAUUCCCCCACUUCCUCCUUAGAGGAGCAGAGUCCCAUUGGCCUGCGUGAGGUUGUGAACAAAGAGGACAGCUGCCCACUGCUUUCCUUCUGGUGGGAGAAAGGGGUCCUUAUCCAGGCCCCAGCAGCCAGCUCUGCCAGGCCCCAGAGCAGAGCUGGAAGCAUCCACUGACCUGCUGAUGACACCCAGUCCCUCCUGGCCCCUCCCCUCAGCUGGACCUGGCUCUGCGUGUAUAUGUGUUGUGUGUGUGUGUAUUGUAUGUUGUGUAGUAUGACAUGUAUGUGUGUGUUUUAUGUGGUAUGUGUUGUAUGUUGUGAUCUCUUCUCCAUCUUCUCCCCCAAAGGAUUCCCCAGCCUCUGCUUGAACUCUUCCAGGAAUGGGUGGGUCACUACUUUGUGAGACAGUCCAUUUCAUUAUUCCAUUUUACGGUGGCUGUGCCUGAGUGUUGACCCACACUGAGCCAUCGUAUGUUUGCACAUAUGCAGAUGUGUGCUGUGUGUGCCCCUGCAUUUCCCCUUCUGCAUUUCAGAACAUUAAUAAAAAGAGGGAGAGAGCCUUUGGGAUGGCACACAUGUGCAAACACACAUUAAAUACCUGAAGAAGACACCAACAAUAACAAUGUCUCCACAUUUAUGGGGCCCCCCUACCUCUUGAAAAAUCUUCUGCAAGCUGUGGGCCCAAGUCCCAGAGAAAACAGCUCAAAAUCACAAUUUGGUUGUAAUACCAGGGGUCAAAGACCCUUGACUUACGUAGAAUACAUUCUUUGCUGUUAACUGGUGUUUACUUGGAAUAGAAGGUCAAAACAUGGUUAAGACGUGAAAGAAAGUCACAGACAUUUCACAGCCAAGAUGGUGGUGAACGUGAUUUUCCAUGGAGCUGCUGGGGGAGCAGCAGGCUUAGGGAAGCUCAGGUAGCUGUUCCCACCAAACAUAAAAUCUCUGCCCGUGUCUUCCAGCGUGAAGAGAAGCAGCUGUGACUGUCCCUCUUCCACCUACCCAUGACAUCAUUCAGGACGUCCCCAGCCCCCUGGAUCCUCAAAGCUUCUUUGUGCUUAUUUGACAUCAAAACCAGGAAUUUAUUUAUUAUAGGAUCACAGACAUGUGGAAUUAUUUAAAUAACUCUUCUCUCUUGAUAAGACAUUUUAAAAAUUAAUUUUUAUCUCUUAUACUAAAAAUAAACCUAUCUAAGGGUCCAGAGGAAUUUGCCACUGAUUCUGGAACCAUGGGCAAGUUUCCUUGUCUGUAGAUGAAGGUCUUUGGGGCUCACCCAGGCUCCUCCAUACGUGAACAAAUCUCUUCUUUUGCAUCUUCUUUGCUGCUCUUCUAGUUCUCCUCAC